AUGCGCGCACUUCGCCAAUUAUUCCGUUCGCAGCCGCUGUGGCACCCUGCUCUUUUUCCAAUUGGCAAAUUGUUCUCCUGGAAAAGCACAAAAAAUUAAUUGUAAUUGAGCAGGAAAUUUUCCUGAAAAAGAGAUUUUGGAAGGUCAAAGAAGCAGACGAGUGUUUGGGCUCUUAAAUCUUGUACGUAGGAGAGGGCUUUAUGUUUUUGAUGGAGGCGGAGUGACCCUUUUAUGUGGGUUUUUGGCUGAAAAAGUCCAUAUCCUAAUGACCAGUAAAUAGAGGCCAUCGCAUCCAUUAAAGGUCAGCGCGGAGAGCUUUACUGCGGCCAUAAUUCUGGCUGGUGUUCGUCCUAAUGCUCCUCACACAAGAUUUUUUUAAGUAUACUUGAAUCUAAAUUAGAUUAUGGAGGAAAUUGCCUAGCAUAAUUUUCAAUUAAUAUCAAGUGGAGCUGAGUAAAUUGCAACAGUGAAAUUAUCUGUUUGAUGUCCGAUUCUUCAAUUUUUAUAACAACAAAAUCAUUAAUUUCUUCAAUCGCAUUGUUGAAAAAGUUCAAAUACAGAAAGUUCGCUUGAUAUUUUCUCUCCUUCGUAAUUAAAUUCGUCAGCAAAAUGCUGUUGACGUCACGAAUUUGUCGGUCUCAGGUGAUUGCAAGGCCAGCCUGCUUUCAUUUUCCCAGAAGGUUCAAGAAUAUAGCAGCAGGAGAUGGGACUGAGAAGAAACGGCUGCCAUUCAAAGAGACGAAACGAGUUGUGAUUCUGGGGGCAGGCAUUGCCGGUCUUUCUGCUGCGCAACGGCUCACCAAACAGGGCUUCAAGAACGUCACCAUUCUUGAAGCUUCAAACCGAGCGGGAGGGCGAGUACACACUGGUCAGGUGGGAGGUAGCGUCUUAGAGCUGGGCGCCCAGCAGUUCGAGGACGCCAGCCUGGCCAACAGCGCGGUGACCCUGGCGGCCAGGGAGGAGCUGAUCAAGGGCCCAAAGCCGCGGCUUCAGGCCGCCUUCGGACACAUCUAUGCUGCGGACGGCCGGCCAAUCUCGCUGGGCGUGGUGGAGGCGGCCAGGACGGCGUUCUCGAAUGCGCUGGCCAAGGUGAAGCCGGCGGCCAACACGUCGCUGCUCGACAGCCUUAAAAAUGCGCUGCAGAAUGAGGCGGUGGUCGUUGAGAGCCACGAGCUGGACGACGCCCGCCGCGUCCACGAGGCCCUCACGCUUGCACUCAGGGGCAUCGUCGGCGAGGAUCUCAGCCAAGUCAGUGCCGAGCAUAUCGAGACGCACUCGAUCAUCCCCGGCGGGCAGCUGAGUUUUCCCGAGGGAGGCGCAUCCCUGAUUUCCCCCCUUCUGCGCGACCUGCCGAGCGACGCACUCAGACUGGAGCAGCCGGUGUGCACGGUGCGUUGGGGCAGCUUUCUGGAGCCAGUUGACCCUUUGCCAGCCAAGGUUAUCUGCUGCUCGGGCGAGAUCUUGCCGGCCGAUUUUGUACUCUGCACGCUGCCGCUGGGCGUGAUGAAGCAGCACGCGGCGCGGCUGCUGCCCAACCUGCCCAAGGAAAAGCUGGAGGCCAUCGACAGGCUGGGCGUUGGCCGCUCCAACGUGCUGUGCCUCGAGUUCGAGCAGCCCUUCUGGGUGCCCAGCACCGGAGGCGAGGUGGUCCAGCUCGCUUUCGCCAAAGAGGAGAUGAGUGAUAACAGGUGGUUUGCGUGCCUCACCGGCCUCAAGCAGCUGGGAGGCAACCCGCGGCUGCUGCACGGCCUGGUUGCCGGGCCUGGCGCCCUCCAUCUCGAGGAGACCACCGACCAGCAGAUCAUCGAGGAUGUGACUGCGCUGCUGCGUCGUCAUACCGGCAAUCCGCUCAUCCCCGAGCCUAUCAGGGUGGUCCGCUCGGCCUGGUGCACUGACCAUAAUUUCCUCGGCGGCUCGGCCUACCUCAGCGUCGACGCCAGACCCGAGCACAUCAGGACCCUUGCCGAGCCCUUGUGCGAGGAGGAUGACGAAGAGAGGCCAGUGGUGCUAUUCGCCGGCGAAGCAACCAACGAAGCCCACCUUGGCACCCUGCAUGGAGCCCAGCUUAGCGGAGUGCGGGAGGCAGACAGGAUCAUCGACGCUGUUGCUGAGCAAGAAAAGCGUUGCCCAUCCUCAAAGCCAAAGCGGCGGUGAAUUUUUCGGAAAUAAAAAUCCAGCAGUUUUCUCGUUUUCAA